AUGCCUACUCGCGCGGCCACCAGGGCUGCAGAAGCAGCAGCAAAUCGAGAUACUGCUGCUGCCACUCUCUCCUCUCCACCGGCUACGCCCGUUAAUGCCAAGAAAAUUUCUAAAAAUGUCGCCACCGGUUCUCCAACUAAGCCUCGAAAGCGUGCACCACCGAAAAAGAAAGCAAAGCUACCAGCUGAGCCAAUGAUAGGUGGUUGGGAUGUCCUUCCUCAUGGACUGGGCAAGAAAGGUGACCUUUUGAAUGAUAACUUUGGCAAUACUGGCACGGAGCUCACAACUACCGCUUCUAAGAAGGCUACAAGAGCCAGAGCAGCCAAGGCUGCUGUUGAAACUCCACUUAUCAAGGAUGAGGAUGAGGAGAAGCUACUUGAUCUUGGCGAUUCAGUCGCAACUGAUCUCCUUGAAGACAUCAAGGAAGAGAAGUCCAGGAAGAAGAGAUUACCGCGCAAGAAGGUAGCCGACACAACCAACGAGACUGAUGCAUUCCCAACAAAGGCUCCCAAGACAAACAAGAAGAAUUAUGGCCUCGUCUUUGGUCAAACACCUUUCCCCGAUCAUGUUUCGCCCACCAUUCUAGAGGCCGAGGCGGUAAACAGCUUAUUGACUGCCUUGCAUGGUGAAGUCAAGCCCCCUGACACAGUUCCAGCUCCAUCAGAAACUGUCACUGGCUGUGGAGAGGUUCCAGAUGCUCUUGACGCAACUUUGAGAACUCUUCUCAGCGCUGCAACCGCUGCUGGAAACGCUAACAAAUCCAUGGCAGGCCUGAAAGAGAGAUUUGGAUUGAGAACAUCUGGAAAGGGUGCAGGCAGUGUAUCAUGGGAGGCUGUAUUUGCUGCACCGGAAGAAGAUGUUGUUAAGGCCAUUAAGUCAGGUGGUCUUGCCAACGUGAAGGGUAGUAACAUCAAGAAAAUACUCAAGAAGGUUUACGAUCAAAAUACCGAGCUUCUAGAGAUUUUAUUGAAAGAAGUCGAUACUGAUGUUUCAGUCCCAUUCAUUGGAAAGGUUUUGGAGACUAAGGAGCAAAAGGAAGCUGAGAUCAAGAGCUUGGGGGAGAACAUGCUCUCAAUUGACUAUAUUCACGCAUUGGAUAAACCAGCUGCUAUGGAUGUGCUGAUGGAUUUGCCUGGUAUCGGCGUCAAGACUGCAGCAUGUGUUGCCUUGUUCUGCUUGGGGAGACCAAGCUUUGCUGUUGAUACGCAUGUUUGGCGUCAUUGUAAGUGGCUUGGUUGGGUCCCAGAAGGAGCAACCCGCGACCAAACUUUUAGUCAUUGUGAAGUUCGAAUACCAGAUCACUUGAAGUACUCUCUUCAUCAAUUGUUCCUCCGACAUGGAAAAACAUGUGGUCGCUGCAGAGCUGUCACAUCCGAGGGUUCUGCUGAUUGGGAGAGCACUAUUUGCCCUAUUGAGCAUUUGGUAAACAGAACUGGGGACAAGAAACAAUUAGGUUACGGUGCUGGCAAGAAGGUGAUUAUCAAGAAGGCUGUAAAGAGGCUUGCGAAGGGCUCGAAGAAGAGAAAGAGAAGUGCCGAGGAUAGUGACGAGGAAGCAGAGGUUGAAAUGGAUGCCGAGAAUGAUAUGGAGUUAGAAGAUGAUGGGGAAGCAGUUGAUGGGCUUGUGUUGGAAAACGAAGGCGACGCUGACAUUUAA